GCUGACAUUAUUAAUUUAUUUUCUAAAAUCCGGCCCUCAAAUUCCCGGCAAUUCGCAAGUUUCCCCCUUUCUCACUGUUCCCGAUCUUUCUCCUGAUGGACGUUUCCACGUGAAAUCGAUCCCAGACCCCCUAGUUAUCCAAUCUGCAAAGGGUUUUGUCUAUUUUAUCCAGUUCUUCGAAGAUGUCUGCAACUCCGGUAGACAUAUUGAUAGAUCGAGCUUCGGCGCCAACAGCCAGCGUUGCUGCCGCGGGCAAUCACUUAAUUUCCCGGUGGUACAGCUCUUCCGCCCCGACGUGCCGUGGCCUCUGGCACAAUGUUACUUUAGUCGUACCUUCAGCUCUGUUUAUACUGUACUUAGGUUUUCAUGUAAAGAGGAACGUAAAGAAACUCAGGAACCGAAGGUAUCAUGUCAUGAUUACAUAUUAUGCUCUCUUGUGGGUCACUGCUCUAAUAAACCUUGCCUGGUCAUCUUUGCAGGCAUGGCAGUGCAAUCCUGCGAAGGUUGUUGCUUGGAAUCUUUUGUCAUUGUUUGCAGCUUCUGGAAUGUUGUGUUUAGAGAUUAGCCUAAUGUCAUUCUUACUUCAUGGCAAUUAUUCUACUGGAUUGGAGACUUUAACACGCACUUUCUCUGUGUCUGGUCUUCUUGUUGGUGUAGACUUUCUGCUGAAGGCUAUUCUAAUAUUUGGAUUUAGGAUUCCACUCUUUGCUGAUGUUGAAUCAGCAAACAGACUAAAGUGGGCCAUCUGGUUUACCUAUCGGCUUCUGCUAACUGCAGCUUAUGGGUACAUAUUGUUUGUGCACUUCUCAAAGUGGAGAGAUAAUCUGCCCCCCAGACCGGCCUUCUACAACUAUGUCAUAGCAAUGUUUGUGACUAAUGCUGUGAUAUUAUUUGCUUGUGGGCUUGCUGGAAUUGGGACUGGCUUUGGUCUCUGGUUAUAUGAGUUGAGUCUUAUAAGUUACCAUGCACUGUAUCUCCCCUUUAUAUAUGCUGUUUUUUUGUCGGACUUCUUUCAGGAAGAAGAUUGGCUUCUGGAUGAGGCAUACUAUUCAGAGAUGAAGGAUGCGGGAUUCUUUGAUGCAGAAUGGGAGCAAUAGGAUUUUAUGUCUGUAUAUGUGAAUAUAUCCACUCAAGAGAACUAGCCACAGCCCAAAACAGAGGGGAAAUGUCUUUUUCUUUUGUAGGCUGUGUGUGUAUAAUGACCAUUCUUCUUUUAGAGGUGCUUUAGUGUAGAGACUGUAAAUGACUUUUCAUUAUUUCAAUAAGUCUGUCUUGUUUUGAUGCCCCCCACCCCCACCCCCACCCCCACCCCGAAGAGUUCAAUUCCUAAAAAAAGGUGCUUUAGAG